AUGAGCUACAUACUUUCCGUAGGCAUCGAACUCAUCAUCAGUACGAAUCGAAGUACGAAUACUUUGGAGCUGCUCUCCCGCAAGCUGUAUCACCUCAUCUGCCGGAGUCAGCAGCUUUUUCUCUCACAUAGCGUCUUUGGUACCCUCGAUAUAACUGUUGAUGAUGACACACUUAGUGAUGUGCUUGAUCCAUCAUCACCUGAUGUUGGAAGAGCCUCAUCUCCUUCUUGGGAAUGGGGUAGAUCAGUAGACGCACCUAUGGCAGAUGCACCGAAACAAACUCAUCGAGAGUUUUUGACAGAGUUCAUUGAUCUUUAUCAAAGUUUUACGUGGUUGCGGCGAGUCAAGAGCAAAGAACAUUCUGACAGGAAUAAAAAAGAUUUAGCUUAUAUUGAGUUGGUGAAAAAAUACCAGGAGUUUGAUCCAUCGACGGAUAGAAACACUGUUGUUAAAAAAAUUAAUGCUUUACGUACGGUCUAUAAAAAAGAAUUGGCUAAAGUUUACAAAUCGGAAAAAUCCGGGACAGGUGCGGAUGACAUCUAUAAACCUACGUUGUGGUACUUCGACCUGCUGCAUUUUUUCAGAGACCAGGACUCUGCAAGACCUAAUACGAGUACAAUGAGUGAUGCGGAUCAAGAAACACAACAAGAUGAGGAUUCAGAACCUACUGAUCUACCCCAUUCCCAAGAAGGAGAUCAGGCUCUUCCAACAUCAGGUGAUGAUGGAUCAAGCACAUCACUAAGUGUGUCAUCAUCAACAGUUAUAUCGAGGGUACCAAAGACGCUAUGUAAGAGAAAAAGCUUCUGACUCCGGCAGAUGAGG